AUGAUCUACUGUGUCAAAUGCCUAGUGUUGAUGAAGUCAAAAAAUUUUGUUUUCAACCUUAGUGGAUCAAGUGCUAGUGGACACGAUGGUUUUCCUGGAAUUUUCUAUCAGACCUGUUGGGAUAUUAUUAGCUUAGAUGUAUACAAAAUGGUGGUGGCUUUCUUUCAGGGUCAUACUCUUCCAAAGCCAGUUACUCACACAAAUCUUGUUCUACUACCAAAGAAGGAGUUGGUUCAAAGUUACUCAGACUUAAGGCCUAUAAUUUUAAGUAAUUUUAUCAACAAAGUGAUGUCAAGAGUGGUUCAUGAUAGAUUGGAAGCUGUGCUACCAGAGUUGAUAUCUAUUAAUCAAGCAGGUUUUGUACAAGGGAGAAGCAUUAUUGAGAAUGUGCUAUUGGCACAAGAAAUAAUGACAGACAUCAGAAAAAAGGGGCAAACCAGCAAAUGUAGUGAUCAAAUUGGACAUGGCAAAGGCCUAUGA